AUGCGGGAUAUUCUCAAUCGUGCCGGAAUGUCUGACUGCAAACCGCUAGCUACUCCGGCGUCUGUCACCCAAGCAGUUAGCCAGUCAACCGACCCCUUUGAUAAUCCGACACAAUAUCGACGUCUAGCUGGGGCGUUGCAGUAUCUCACGAUCACUCGUCCGGAUCUCUCCUACUCCAUCAACCGGCUGUGUCAAUUCAUGCAUACGCCUAUCGAUGAGCACUGGGGCCUGCUUAAGCGUGUCCUUCGGUACAUCCGAGGCACAAUGGACUACGGCUUGCGUCUCUCGCCAUCUCUGUCUAUAGAUAUCCAUGCCUUUUCAGAUUCGGAUUGGGCCGGCUGUCCAGUUGAUCGGAAGUCCACGAGUGGUUACGCUGUGUUUAUAGGGUCGAACUUGAUCUCGUGGGUCUCCCGUAAGCAGCGUACUGUAGCCCGCUCAUCCACUGAAGCCGAGUAUAAGGGCCUAGCCGAUGUCUGCGCCGAGGUCACCUGGGUUGUGUCUCUUCUCCGUGAGCUUGGCUUACACUCCGGCGCACCAGCUACUCUGUGGUGCGAUAACAUGGGGGCAACCUAUCUUUGUGCGAAUCCCGUGUUUCACGCUCGUACAAAGCAUGUUGAGGUGGAUUAUCAUUUUGUCCGCGAUAAGGUAACAUCCGGGGAAUACAAGGUUACUUUUGUCUCUACGAAGGAUCAGGUGGCCGACAUCUUCACCAAACCGCUUCCAGCUGCCCGGUUUGCUAUCCUCCGGGACAAGCUCAAUGUUACAGCUGGUCACUCUUGA